UGGCCCUGGGCAGCCUGAGCUGGGCUUUGGGCGAGCUGAGCACGUUGGACCCCGCCAGCCUCGGUCUGUGGGAGCAGCCCUACAUCUGGUGUUAUAUUAGGCACAAAGUGAAAAUGCGGAAUGUAGGCUUAACAGAUGCUUACAACAAAUGUAAGCGUAUCUGAACAUUGCAUACACAAGUGUCUCUCUCCAUCUCUGUGCUUCACAUGCAGCAAAAUGGUUCAGUGUUGGUAAAUUACCAACGUUGGAUGUAAAAGGCUUAGAAACCUUCCAGGGACAUCAUGGAGUGUCACUCAAUGCAGACAGGCUGCUGUAUUUGUGUUAGUGUUAUGUGGCCUUGUGAGGUUGUUCCCAUGAUAUGCCAGGACCAUGAAUAGCUGGUUGAGUUCCAUUGUUUUUAGCUGGAGUUGAAAAGGUUCCUCACAGAAAAGAUUGUUGGAAGUGUUCUUAUGUUGGGAAGUUUUAUUUUGGAGUUACGAAAGCCCUGAGUUAGUCUGAAGGAAAGUUUUGCUGUAUUUACCAGCUUAUAUUUGCUUAAUCUCUUCAAACCAUAGAAAUUGUCAUUGCCAGAACAGAGCAUGGGGGUAACUCCCAGUGAAGCUGUUCGAUUCUGCUGUCUCUCAUAUGUUAAGAGUAAUUUGGGUGUAGGUCUGUAGAAUCAGAAAGGAGCCCAUUGAGGGUUUAUGGCUUUGAGGGAUGGAAGAAGAUGCUUUUGCAGGUCCCUGGGUGUGCCAACAACCUCAGCUUACCAGAGAUCGACAACGAGCUAUUCAGAAUAUAAGAUAUGUUUUUAUCCAAACCAGUGUGUUGAUGAAUUCAAGUAAACUAAUUAUGGUAUAUCAUUCUUACCUUGCAUGUCUAUUCAGAAAGAUUAGCAUUAGAGAUAGAAAUCCAUAAUUUACUUGUUAAUCUGUUCUUUUCCCAUUUACUCAUCCAGUUUGCCAUAAAAAUAUAUUUAUAUAUUCCAAGCUCGUACUUUAAUAGAUGCCAUUUUCUGAAUGUAAAAAUAGUCUGCAUGUGUUGCACAAAAUGCCUUUGGGCAGGAGAGGAGGGGGAUAUCUGUCUGGCUGACAUGGAACAUAAGAAAAAAUCUGAAGUAUGCUAGAUAUAAAUAUACUGAUAAGCGUGCCGCUGUGGGUGAAAAUAGGUUAAAAUGUAUUGAGUUUAGUCAUAUUAGCACAUUAAAUGCCAACAGAGGUCAAACCCAAACCUUUGUUUCAGAAAUAAUCACGCUGCUGUGAAGGCAACUCAGACCUUGUAGUGUGUGCAGACAAAGGAUAUAUUCCUUCAGAGGCUCGUUACGAAGGACAACAAGUGUCACUCUUUGUUCUGCCGGCAGUCUGCAGUGCUGGUGCAGAACGUGGGCACCACGAUGCUGAAAUAAACUUUGCAUGCUGCAGCACAGCACAUGUUUUGAACAAGUUCUCCUUUUUAAAAAAGCAGAUGGAGUCACAUUUAGAAUUCAAAUCAGCGUAAAAGAACUACUGGAUGCAGAUAUACUUUUAAAGCUGCUAUUUCAUUUACCAGUCAAUUAUCCGUCAGCUCUACCAGAAAUUUCUGUCAGCUCAGACCAGCUUACAAGGGCCCAGUGUAUGGACAUAAAAGAUAAAUUACUUGAACAAGCAGAGAAGCAUCUUUCUGAACCCAUGGUGCAUGAGCUGGUUCUUUGGAUACAACAGAAUCUUAAAUGUGUCAUUAAGCAACCAGCAACAGUUUGCAGUGAAAAAACUACUUUGUCAAAAGGAGCAAGUACAGAGGAUGGUAUCUGGAUGCUCCUUUUGCAUUUAGAUCACAUGAGAGCGAAGGCAAAAUACGUCAGAACUGUGGAAAAAUGGGCUUCAGAUCUAAAACUGACUGGAAGACUGAUGUUCAUGGGCAAGAUAAUAUUGAUUCUUCUUCAGGGUGACAAGAGCAACAUUAAGGAGUACUUGAUUCUUCAGAAAACUUCUAAGGUAGAUGUGGACUCAAGCGGAAAGAAAUGCAAAGAGAAAAUGAUUAGUGUACUGUGUGAGACAAAAGUACAGUCACAGCAUAAAAGGUUUCAGAUGUUUGAAGUCAAAGAAUAUUCAACGUUGGAUGAGCUACAAAAGGAAUUUGAAACUGCGGGACUUGCAAAUCUCUUCUCUGAGUUUGUGCCUCCUCUCUUAAAAUAAAAAUGAAGCACUGGAGUAGUAUUUGGGUAGAGCCGCAUUUGACUGCAGAUGCUAUUUUGACAAACUAUUUUUGACAAGACUAUUUUGACAAACAAACUUUUCUACAAAGAAAAAGAAAAAAAGCCAGGAGUUGCAGUAAGGAGAAAACAACAUGUAUGUUAAGAAUUGAUAUGUCGACUUCCAUACGUGAUGUAACUUUUUCAGUGGAGUGUGGAAUUAAUGGUGACAUUUUCAUGGUAAAUUUGAAAUAUUGGGAGAAAAUGGUGCUAAAAUAAUAAUCUUUCAAAUAAACUGUUUUACGGUCCCAAUUUUUAAUGUUGUGUUUUUUAUCCCUUGUGAUGGGGGUCUUCCAUAAUGGCCUGAUAGAAGUUGUGACUAAUUUCACUUUGGAAGCUUGUGUAAAGGUAU